UCGGCCCUGGAGCUGCAGCAAAAUGCUGGAUGGACACCUACUUCUGGGCUGGCUGCUGUCCGUCGCAUUUGUAGUGGCGCUGAAUGCCAUUGGACCUACGGCUGCUCAUUUCGGGCUGACAGGUAGUGAACCAUUGACAAUCUUCCCACUCAGCCAGGAACCUGACGAAGCUACUGGGAAGAGCCAUUACAAAGUUUGUGACCGUCUAAAACUGGAGCGCAAGCAGCGCCGUAUGUGUAGACGAGACCCAGGUGUGGCAGAGACACUCAUGGAGGCCAUUAGUAUGAGUGCUCUGGAAUGCCAGUACCAGUUCCGGUUCGAGAGGUGGAACUGUACACUUGAGGGGCGAUACCGAGCCAGCAUACUCAAGAGAGGUUUUAAAGAAACUGCAUUCCUGUAUGCCAUCUCUUCAGCAGGAUUAACUCAUGCCAUGGCCAAGGCAUGUAGCGCUGGUCGAAUGGAACGAUGCACAUGUGAUGAAGCUCCCAACCUUGAGAACCGGGAGGCAUGGCAGUGGGGUGGCUGUGGGGAUAACCUCAAGUACAGCAAUAAAUUUGUCAAGGAGUUCCUGGAGCGAAAGUCCCACAAGGACUUAAGGGCAAGUGUUGACCUCCAUAACACCAAUGUUGGGCUGAAGGUUAUCAAGUCAGGAGUUGAGACUGUGUGCAAGUGUCAUGGAGUGUCUGGGUCGUGUACUGUACAGACUUGUUGGCGACAGCUUUCUCCAUUCCAUGAAAUAGGAAAGCAGUUGAAGCAGAAAUAUGAGAGCUCACUCAAAGUGGGCAGUACAACAAACGAAGCAGCUGGGGAAGGGGACAGCUCACCUCCAAAGAGAGUCUUCCCUGGACACAGUGACCAGAUCCCUAGAACUACAGAUCUGAUCUACAUUGAGGAUUCUCCCAACUUCUGUAAAAUGAGCAAAUACUCACCUGGCACAUCAGGAAGGAAGUGCUACAAAGAUAAGAACUGUGAUAGCAUAUGCUGUGGCCGGGGCCAUAACACCCAAAGUAGGGUGGUGACCAGGCCUUGUCAGUGUCAAGUUCGCUGGUGCUGCUAUGUGGAGUGCAAACAGUGCACACAGAAAGAGGAGGUUUAUACCUGUAAAGACUGAUUUGCUUUCUGUUGCUGGUACAGUGAUAAUGACAUGGACACUCCUAAGGAACUGCAUUUCUAUGUCCAUCAUAUUUACUGUAAGUGGAGGCAGUACAGGGUUUGACUGAAAUUCAUAGUUAUGUAAUGCUAUGAUAUCAUACAAAGCACUUUGUAGGUACUCGUGGUCCUGUGGUGUAUGUUGCUAUAAAUGGAGAGAAAUCAGAAUGAGGAGGACUCUGAAGGCCAGUGAACUUCAAACUGGAUACAUACUAGCUGAAACAUAAGCAGUGCCACCUGUUUUCUGAUAUGCUUUGUUUAAAAAUUAUUGAUACAGUCAGCCUCUUUUUGGACUUUAUGAACAACUCGGGUAGAAAUUCUGCCUUGGAAAAUAGCAGUUUACCAGUGGAUAUAUUAAUCUUGAACUAUUUUAACUACAGAAAUGUGAGGGAAGGAAGUGUUAAGCCUCCCCCCUUUUCUUGCUGCACAGAACAAGGGAUGGCAUAAUUUGGAUGCUAAAUAUCAUGUCUGACAUGCUGAGGACACACUCAGUGAUCUGAGUAACAUUUCCACUGGCCUUAUUAUUGACAUUAAUGUUUAUAACUGUGUUGCUGGUGGUUAAGUACAACUGCAUAAGAAGUAGUAUCAGUCAGCAACAGAACAUUUCUCAGAGGGCUGUGAUGGAGCCCAUUUAAUCCUUCUUAUGUGGUUGAAAAGUCCACAUUGCUUGCAAAAGGAUGAAUGGUAACUGUAAACCAU